AGCAAUCUCAAACAAUCAAACGCGCAACAACAGUUACCUUAAUCCGCACAAAUUGGAAAAUGAAGUGCAAUCCAAAAAUGCAACACGCAAUCUCUCUCUCACUCGCAUUCUCUAUUCCUUCACUGCACUUUCGUAAAGGACGGUCAAACCAUUCCUUCAUUCCAUCCAAAUUCCAUGUGCCAAAAUCAGUGAUGCCAAACAGUCAAAACAAACAAAAGCACUAAAAUCCAAAAAUUUUGGAAUGUGCGUAUAUAGAAAAUCGAAAAAUCGUAGCUUAGCAUUAGAAUGCUCAAGUCACAAAUCCAAAAAAUUAGUAAUGGUCCAAUUUCACCUAAUUUCUAAACAAACAGACAACGAAUUUUGAAUUGAAAUUAGAAGUCAUAACAAAAUACCUCAUGCAAGAUUUCAGCCCAAUCGGAUAAGUAUUGCGCCCUCUACACGCUCAAGAGUAAAGAUACGAGAUCGGUUUAUAUGGCAGCGCGCUCUCUCUCUCUCUCAUUCUCUGUUGCUCUCGUUACUUUAGGGUAGUAAAUAAAAAAUGAGAGUUGCAGAAAAAACGAAGCUCAAGCUGAGAUACAAACGAAGACGAAAAUCGAAGGCAUUUUUUUUAUCGAUUGUUAACAAAAGCUCUCGCUACUUUACUGCAUGUGUCAUAGUAGUGUCGUUGAAGUCAUAGUGGUAUGUUGUUCAGUUAUUUUCUAAGCGGCGGCGCUAGAGGGGUUUUGCCAUUCAGAGUAUAAUAAAAUAAUAAAAAAAAACAACUAUUAAAAAAAAUCAGAAUUGAUCUUUAGCAAAAUGUAUGUGAGUGUGUGUAUAAUGAUCAACGAUUAAUCAAACUAAACUGUCAUUAACGGAUUCGAAGUAAAAAAAAACAACAAAGAAUACAACUCAACUAAUUUGAUAAUUAAAAAACAAAACACCAAAAAAAGAAACUAAAAAUAGAAUACCGAAAAAAAAAAACCGAAAACCCCCUAAUCAAAUCACCAACACCAUUUUAAAUCGCAUAAAUGUCAAAGUUUGCCAAAUGUCAAAGUGUCAAGCUGUAAAAUGUCAAAUUACAAAUCAGCCAUAAAAUCAACGUCAUCAACAACAAAAACAACAAGAUUCACAUCCAUGUCAAAGUCAACAGAAACACCAACACCGCAGCGGCGGCAACAGCAGCAACAACAACAACAACGAUAUCAAAGAAGCAUCACACAGGCUUCUACAAAAUUCAUUUUAAUUAAUUUAUUAAUUUUGCCUCAAUGUCUUGUGCUAUGUGCGGCCACCACAACUCGACAACAGCAACAACCAUUAGAGCAUAAAUAUCAACAAACGCUGGCCUCGAAUGCUGCUGCAGCAGCAGCAGCUGAUGAUGGUGAUUCCUUGUCAGUGUUGGCGGUAAUAGGGUUGCCAACAAUUUCAUCGCAGGCAACCUCAGCAAAUGUCACUCACAACGCAGCAAGAGAAAAUGGAAGUGGAAAUGUAACUACCCCAGCUGUUGAAACCGAAGACCAAUCAGCCCCUACUGCUGCGACGGCCCCUGCUGUUAAUGACCUAAACAUGGACAUUAAUCAAUUAAUUACCCAUUUAACAAAUGCAACACUUUUCAAUGAUGCUUUAUCCCAAGAGUACGACACAACUACAGUGUCAUUGUUGGGCAAUGUUACGCAUUCAUGUCUGCAGACCUGCAUUGAGGAGGAAACAAAAUUUCAAAAUGAUUUUGGCGUUAAAUGUUCCAUGGGUGAUAAUCGAACGGAAUGCUAUCGAAGGAGGUGUUUCAAUGGCUGUGAACUGUGGUGGAAUGCCUUAAAGGAAUUUGAGCCUUGCCAGGAAGCAUGUUCCUCCUUGCAAUUUUAUCCUUACGACUUACCCUGCAUUUCCGCCUGUGAACAAUCACAAAGGCUCUAUUGGCACUUGCAACGAUUACGAGUUGAACGAGUUGUGACUACACUACAGCCCCAGCUGUUGCAUGACAAUGAAGUUGUGAACACACUCACCCUUAAGUGGCCCAUUGCCUUGGAACAAUUGCCGGCCCAGUAUUUGGCCAGCCGUCCAUUUAAUAUACAAUACCGCUAUGAGUUAAGGCCGUCAGUGACUGCAACUGCAACUGCAACAGCUAAAGGGACUUCAAUGGCAGGAGAGACAUUUUUGAAAAUUGACGACGACCAUGCCAACAAUGCGACAAAAUUGCAGCAAAAGGAAGAUUAUACGCAACAGGAAACGGAUAUUGCUGAACAAUGGUGGAAUUUGGCCGAUUACAAUUGUAAUGAGAAUUUCGAAUGUGACAUCAUGGAUGGCCUGGUGCCAUACACCUCCUACAGGUUCCGUUUUGAAUUACCCUUUGGCCAAAAUCUAGAUGAUGUUCUUUACACUCCUGCUUCUGAGGUGUAUACCACACCGGCCAUGGGUGCUCCCAUAUCGCCGCCCCUUAUAAUACAAGCCCUGGCCUUAGAUAAGGAUCAUGUGGCUAUAUUUUGGGAAAAGGGAAAAUUUACCAAUGGUCCUGUGACAAAUUAUAAAAUUCUUAUAGCUGAAAGUUUUGAGGGAAAUAGUGGCACUGAACACAAAGAGUUAUUACCCUCAAAUGCUUCCUAUUACAUUUUUCCCAACGCCCACCACCACCAAUACACCAUACGCUUGUCUAUGCUAAACCAGGAUGGCGAAGGUCCCUAUGCAGAAACUAUGGUACGAAAAAUCAAUGCCAUAAAUGACCCUGCCCUAAAAUUGGAUGUAAAUUCCCUACUGGUGGCCGGCGAGUAUAGUCUUAUCUUGAAAUCCUUGGAUCCUUUAAUCGAAACCAAAACUUUGUUUAAAAGUGAAGAAAUUUUGAUGGAUUUCGAUGUGCUGCAACAUAGCAGACAGGUGUUUGUGGUGAACGCUAAGGGUCAUAUAUUCAGUUUUUAUGUUGACAAUGCAUUAAAUUAUACCCAAAUUCAUCUCAAGCCUGAAAUCGAGGGUUUUGUUGUGAGGAAACUUUCAGUGGAUUGGCUAAAUCAAAUGAUUUAUAUGGCCGGAGAGAUUUCUUCCAAUACCUGGCAAAUUGUUUCCACUGAUCUACAAGGUUCUGGCUUACAAUUCAUAGCCACCAAUUUAACAAAAUCCUUGAAGCAAUUACAAGUAGAUCCUGUAAACGGCUGGCUGUUUGCAUCAGACGAGGAAGGUCAUAUAACAAAAAUCGAUUUGUUCUCUAAGAAAUCUACCAACCUUGCCAGAUCUUUGGAAAAUGGUUUAUUCUAUGUGGAUUAUCAAAGUUAUUUGCUCAAAAGCUAUGAUCUCAAGGAGAAAAUUCUGCAGGAGCUAAGUUUUGAUGGCCAAUACCAUAAAAAGUUGGGGAGAGCGAUGACUGGCAAACUACAAGGCGACUUAAUGAACUUCCAUUAUGUGGGCAAUAAUGUUCUGUGGGCUUCCAAUGCCACACAUUUCCUUAAGCAGGAUUUUAGCCAUAAAGAGGAGGAGUUGAUUUUUAUCUCAGAAUUGGAAGUUUGUGGAAAGAUGGUGCCUUUUUUGACCAGUCAACAGGCACGUUUAGUACAGCCCCUGCCGCGGCCGAUGGAAGAACCCCAGUUGAAGGAGACCAUAUUAUCGGAUACCAAGGCCAUUAUUAUGUGGUCCGCCCCCGCACAGGUUCAGCAAUUCCAAUCGCAGGCCUGCUGGCGUAACUGGGAAUAUGAAUUGGAGAUAAUGGAUGUGUCCAGCAAUAGUGCCUUCAAUAUACGCAGCAUAAGAAGCACCUUUUUUGUGGUGGAGAGAUUGCAAGCCAACAAUUUGUAUAAAAUCAAGGUGAGGGCCCUAUUUUCAGGGGCCAAUGGCAGAAUGAUGGGUCAAGCAGAACCCAGCCCAUGGUCUGAGGAAUUGCAUACUCGCACUUGGCCCAUGGCCAAGCAUAGACUGCUAUGGGCCUCUCAGGCAGGCUUGUAUGAAAGUGACGAAUUGGCUGAGGAAGUGGAAAUCAGGGGCUUGGCUGCGGAAAACAUUCAGAGUUUUGUGCAAGUCAACAGCUCCUUGUUUUAUGUGAAUUAUCCUGAAAGGUCUUUGAAGUGCUACAAUUUGCUGCAUAACCAUCUACCCUGUGGCUUUGAGGCGGAAAAUGUUUUGAGUCUGGACUAUGAUUGGCGCGGUGGCAAAAUGUAUUGGUCUGAUGUCAAAAGAAACUGCCUGGUGCGCUCUGAUUUGAAGGGAGGCCCUAGGGAACUGUUGCCCUUAUUUGAGGCUCGCUAUUUGAAGGUGGACUCCUCGAAGGGCUUUAUCUACUAUACCACCGAUACGAAACUGGUUCGACGUUAUCUCAAUGGCUUUAUGCCCAGUCAGGAGGUGGAGUAUUAUCAUGUCAAUGGCAAUGGAGAGAGCAUAAGAGGCUUUGUCAUAGUGGCCCAAUACCUGUAUUGGCUGGUGCAACAUCAGGAGGAGUAUACGAAGCUGUUUCGUUGCCCUUUGGAUUAUCAAAUGGAGGAAGUGGAGGAGGUGCUGCAAUUACCCAACGAUAUGAGAGUGCGAUUGAAUUCCUUGCAAUAUGUUAAGGAAAUCGAGGGUUUUAUGUUUUUGAAUGAAAAGGAUAACUCGGCCAUUUUUCUAAGGCAGGAGAAACUCAAUAGGAUAUCGAGAAUACAGCUGCCCUUUAAGCACAGGCUCAACCAGGUACGCCUGCUUACCAGUGAGGCCGCCCCCUUUAGGGAUGAGUCCAUAGUGCCAGAGCCCUUGGACAGGGAGGCCAUAGAGAUAACCGAAGGCUAUUGGGAUGAUUUUAACAUCAAAUGGGUAGGCCCCAACAAUGCCCAGAAUUUAAGCAUUUUCUAUAAGGUGCUGAUAACACCUAUGGCGCGCAACUCCUCAACAUCUCAGGAGGUCUUAACCUUUGAGGUCUCCCAGCCUUUGGUACGCAUUACCGAAUUCAGAAUGGCCUCUCACAUGAUUGAUGUUACCAUAACCCCAGAAACCCUGUGGGCCAAGGGUCCCGCGACCUCAGUGCAAUUGAAGACUCCCUCGGCGGCGCCCAAACAACCCAAGAAUCUAAGGGUCUAUGUGGAACACUUGCAGGAGCCUUUGCAGGAUGAGGCCAAUGUGACAGCUUUGGUUAGAUGGGACUCCCCGGAUAAUAUUUCCCAGGAAAAAGAGGCCUUCUAUAAGGUCUUCUGCUGGCUCAAGGAUGAAUUGCACAGUGUCAAGGACAUAGAGGACAUGGGCCUCAAGAGUCAUGAGGUGAAAUUCUAUAACCUAAUGCGGGAAGAGUCCUAUAUGUUUCAGGUCCAGGCUUUCUCCCUCAGCCGCUCUAAGGGUGGUGAGAAGACCGCUUUGUUGACCCACUUCAUUAAUCCUGAGAUGCAAGCCAGCCCCAAAUUGAUAUACAGCACCAGUGAGUUGAUAGGAGAGCUGGAUUUGGAUUUGAAUGUCUCGAAGACAUGGAUCUAUACCUCCAGCGAGGUGGAGCAUAUGGCUUUGAUGUCUGGGGAACAGCGAUUGCUGUGGGUCAAUGAAAAUGUGGAAUUGAUGACCUAUCAACCGGGUUCAGCCUCCCUGAAAUUGGCACGCAUGCGCGCCGAGGUCUUGUCCUUGGCGGUGGAUUGGAUACAACGCAAAGUCUAUUGGGCCGAGUUGUCUGGAGAUGCCGAAAGGGCAGUGGAUAUCUAUGAAUUGCCUUUAAACAAUUAUGAGGGCAAGGUAAUGAUGGGCUCGCUUUUGUUUUCUCUAAGCAAAGGUAAACUCCUCAAAGACAUGGUGGUUUUGCCUUUUUCCCAUACCCUCUUAUGGUUGGAGCAUGAAAGUGGCGGGGAUAACUGUACCCUACAAGCCCGCAAUUUAACCGAUUUGCUGGAAAUAAAACUGAAAAACCUUCCCCCUUUACCCUUGCUCAACAUGUUCGAGGGCUCUUGGCAUAGCGAUAUGGAAACCAUCAACUUGGUGGAUUACAAAGGCAAACUCUAUGCCUAUGAAGUGCAGAGGCAUUUAUUGACCAAUCUCAAGAUACCCACCAGCUCUGGAGAUCACAUACGCAACUAUGAGAGGGAUUCCGGCUAUAUCUAUAGCCUGGGAAAUCGUACCAUAAAAGCCUACAAUCGCCGCAAACAUAAUUUGGAAUUUAGCCUUAAUAUGCCCGAAGUAAGGGUGAUAAAGGCCUUCAAUUUCCAGCCCUAUCCCAAAAGGGAAUGCCUACUGCCUGCCGAUAGUGAAGUAGUCGCAGAGAAGCAGCAGUCCAUGGAGUAUGAAGAGCGGAAUUUAUUCCCCUACCAAGUGGGUGAAAGUUUUAUGGAGCUUACACUGCCUUUAGUCAAUAGCAAAGGAAAUUGCCGCUUGCCCAUACCCGGUCUGAGAUAUGAAAUAUCCCUAAGCAAUAAUCUGGACUAUGAUGAAAGCUUCAAGGUGGAGGAGAAUCUGGAAAAGCUCAAUAUAACCAAUCUCAAACCUUAUACCAAUUACUCGGUCAACAUAGAGGCCUCUUCUUACUAUCAACAGAGACUAGCCCACACCCACAUCAAUUAUCCGGAAUUUUAUGUCUCCACCCUGGAGGGAACACCUUGGAAACCCUCCAACUUUAGCUUGCAGGCCUUAAGCCCCACCGAGGUUUUAGUCAGCUGGCAAGAGCCCGAGCAACUCAAUGCUGCCCAAGUUCUAUAUGUUCUCAACUUUAAGAAAUUUGGUGAAAACUCUGCCACUUCUCAACUCACCCUAGAAGGGUUUGAGAAAAUCUUGGAAAACCUGGAACCCGAUUCCAAAUACACCAUGUCCCUAAUGGUCUUGAGUGGUGAGAGGAAAAAUGAAACCGAACCCUUACAUGUCUACACCUAUCCUCAGCCUUGGCCUUUACAGCUGUUGGAUAAGCAGGCCUAUAAUAUGACCCUGCUGUGGCAUCCCAACACUGUCUACAGUUCAGCCAUUUUGGAAUGUCUGCCCCAUAGCCAAGAACCCGAGAUAACCCCCUUUAGCAUUGAUAUCUCCGGCAUAGAUGGCAACAUCACAUUGGUGAAUCUUCAGCCCAAGACGCGUUAUGAAUUCUAUUUGAAGUUGAAAUUUCCCACUACAGCCCGCACUUAUGUAUGGCCCACGCAGCAGAGUAACAAUUUCAUAUAUGAAACUCUGGGUGAUGUGCCUGGUAGGCCGGGGAAACCCUGCAUAGAACAUAUAACGGGGGAAAUUUUCAAAAUAUCUUGGCUAGCAGCGGCGGCUCAUGGAGCCUUAAGCAUAGAUUAUAGUCUGGAGGCUUUGCAGGCACGCAAUCCCAAGCGCAUAAGAAGGGAAGCAGUGAUUUCAAGUAAUUCCCCCUCUCCGGUUUCAAGCAAUGGUUAUGCCCCUAAUGUCCACACCAUGAUAUCUCAGUUACCUUGGGUUGAGGAAUUACAACCCAUCGAAGACAAAUGGAUAGUCUAUUGCAAUACCUCGGAGACAAGUUGCAUAAUACGCGAUCUUCAUACCCUACAUUUGCUUAUGUUUCGAGUAAGGGCCCACAGUGAGGCCUACGGUUGGGGUCCUUACAGCGAGGAUAGUGAUCGCGUUUUGGAACCUUAUGUCUCACCUCAGAAACGUAAUUCUCUGGUUUUGGCCAUUAUAGCGCCGGCUUUGAUUGUGGGAACCUGUGUCAUCAUAUUGUUUAUUAUACGCAAAGUUCACAAACGCCGUAUGAAAGCCAAAAAGCUUUUGGCCAAAAGUCGUCCCAGCAUUUGGAGUAAUGUCUCUAGCAUGCAACAACAAAUGACUGCUCGCAAUCGUGGCUUUUCAAUGACCAGUAACUGUACCAUGUACACUGGGGGCCCUUUGAGUGAUGCUGAUAUUGCCCUACUGCCUCAUAUACAAUGGUCACAAAUUUCUUUAUUGAAUUUCUUGGGUAGCGGUGCCUUUGGCGAAGUGUAUGAGGGUUUGAUGAAACAUGAGGAUGACGAAGUGCCAGAAAAGGUGGCCAUAAAGACCCUUCGCAAAGGUGCCAGUGAAUUUGCUGAACUUUUGCAAGAAGCCCAGCUGAUGAGCAAUUUCAAACAUGAUAACAUAGUCCGCUUGAUUGGUGUGUGUUGUGAUACCGAAUCCAUAUCCAUAAUUAUGGAACAUAUGGAAGGAGGAGAUCUACUCAGUUAUCUGAGGGAGUCCAGACCUUCUAGUCAAAAACCUGUGGCCUCCUUACAACUUCUAGAUCUCAUGUCCAUGUGCAUUGAUGUUGCCACUGGCAUGGCCUAUUUGGAGGAUAUGCAUUUUGUGCAUCGUGAUCUCGCCUGCCGCAAUUGCUUGGUUUCUUCUCGCAUUCCCAGUAAACGUACUGUGAAAAUAGGAGAUUUCGGUUUAGCCCGAGAUAUCUAUAAAAACGACUACUAUCGCAAAGAGGGAGAAGCAUUGGUACCGGUGCGUUGGAUGGCUCCCGAAAGUUUAGUGGAUGGUGUUUUCACCACCCAAUCGGAUGUAUGGGCAUUUGGUGUGUUAUGCUGGGAAAUUCUAACGCUGGGUCAACAACCUUAUGCUGCCAGAAAUAAUUUUGAAGUGUUAUCCUAUGUUAAGGAUGGAGGAAGAUUGGAGCAACCAGACAACUGUCCAGAUAAAUUCUUUGCUUUAAUGUCCGAAUGUUGGCGAAAUGAUGCCGAAGCUCGUCCCACUUUCCGCAAAAUCUUCAAUUCCCUGUUGUCGAUUAAGACCGAUGUGAGGCGCGUUAGUUUGGGCUACAACAUCGAUGACAGUGAUUAUGCCAUGUAUGCCAAUCAACAUGGCAUUCUGUUUAGCACCUUCUUGGGCACACCCUUGAACAAGGUAAACGAAGAGGAGGAUGAACAGGAUGUUGAUGAUGAUGAUGAUGACGAUGGUCAAAAUGCCAUCACCUAUGAGACACAACAAAAUUUGAAAAACGAAGAAGAAAUCAAACUCAACACCAAUAAGGCAGGCGAUAAAUUUGAGUUGGCCAAUGAGAAAAUUGAUAUGAAAGUACGUUUUGAAAAUAAUCUCACGAAGACGACAACAGCGAAAACUGAUGAUGGUGGGGAGGCGCACAUGACAGAUGAGACACAUUUGAUAGAUGCAAAAUUAUAUCGCAUGCAAGAGAAUCCCGAUUAUUAUGUUAAUGAAGGCAUAUCAAGAUUAUAGGGCUGGAGUAGCUCUAUAGAUUGUACAACACAAAAACCGCCCUUUACACCUUCCAUGUAGUGAGAGAUUGAAAGAAAGAGAGGGAGAGAGAGAGAGAGAGUGUAGAAAAAUGCCAAAGUAUAAAAAAAUUAUUUCGCAAAUCUAUGGAGACUGUUUAUAUUUUAUAACUCUAAUUUUCAAGUGAAAUUUUUAACACAUUUUGUUUUAUUUAUUUUUUUUUUCUAUGAUGUUAAAUUAACACAGGCCUAGUCUAUAAGUUUAUUACUCAUUCAUUGUUUUUAGAAAUAAUUUAUUAUAAGAUUUAAUUUAAGCUUGGUAAAAAAUGUCAAAGCCUAGUGCCUCUGAGAAUUUUUAAGAAUUUUUGAAAAUAAGAACUCUUUCUAAGCCAGGAUUAAAGAUUGAAAUUUGAAUGGUGA